UCCUAUUCUUCGGCCUCCUCCAUGAGCGGCAGAGGUAAAACCGGCGGCAAGGCCAGAGCAAAGGCCAAGACUCGCUCUUCCAGGGCUGGACUUCAGUUCCCCGUUGGCCGUGUGCACAGGCUACUACGUAAAGGCAACUAUGCUCAGCGCGUUGGCGCUGGUGCACCGGUCUACUUGGCUGCUGUACUCGAGUAUUUGACAGCUGAGAUCCUGGAGUUGGCCGGUAACGCUGCCCGUGACAACAAGAAGACUCGUAUCAUACCCCGCCACCUGCAGCUGGCUGUGCGUAACGACGAGGAGUUGAACAAAUUACUCGGCGGAGUGACCAUCGCUCAGGGUGGUGUGCUGCCUAAUAUCCAGGCUGUGCUGCUGCCCAAGAAGACUGGUAAAAGCGCACCCGCAACCGGUGGAGUGAAGAAGCCUCACCGUUACAGGCCUGGUACCGUGGCUCUGAGAGAGAUCCGUCGUUACCAGAAGUCUACUGAGCUGUUGAUCCGCAAGCUGCCCUUCCAGCGUCUGGUCAGAGAAAUCGCUCAGGACUUCAAGACUGAUCUGCGCUUCCAGAGCUCUGCUGUCAUGGCUCUUCAGGAGGCUAGCGAGGCUUACCUCGUCGGCCUGUUUGAGGACACUAACUUGUGCGCCAUCCACGCCAAGAGGGUCACCAUCAUGCCCAAGGACAUCCAGCUGGCUCGUCGUAUCCGUGGGGAGCGUGCUUAAACUGAUUUGAAGUCAAG